AAGCAAAGACAAAAAAGAUUGCGAAUGAAGUGCAAACUCAACACCAAGAAUCAUCUCCCGAUCCGGUUGUGGCUCAAGUGCAAACUCAACAGCAAGAAUCACCUCCGGUUCCGGUUAUGGCUCAAGGGCAAACUCAAGAACAAGAACCACCUCCUGUUUACGAUGUUAAUCGUCUCCAACUUGAUCCAGGAUUAAGGGUGUCUAUUGCAAGCUAUCAUAUCAAUGAUCAAGAUGCAAUUCGAAGAGGAUAUAUUCUAAAAGGUCUAUGCCAACCUUAUGCUCAUGAGUACAAAACCAGAAAAAUAUACGGAUAUGAUGGGGCUAGUAAUAUGAAAGGAGAGAUUAAUGUGCUGAAAACAUUGAUCAUGAAAGAGUCUCCUUCUGCUUAUUACAUCCAUUGUUUUGCACAUCAACUCCAGUUGGUUCUUGUUGCUGUUGCCAAGGGAAAUGAUGGUUGUGUAUGGUUUUUUGCUCAACUUUCUUGCUUGUUGAAUAUUGUUGGAGUUUCUUGUAAGCGUCAUGAUAUGCUUCGAAAUGUUAGAGCUCAAAAACUAAAGACAGCACUUGAAUUGGGUGAAAUAGAAAGUGGAAGUGGAUUAAAUCAAGAGAUGGGCUUAGCUAGACCCGGAGACAUUCGGUGGGGAUCUCAUUACAAAACUAUUUUGCACAUCAUUGAUAUGUAUUCCACAAUCCGAGAAGUGCUUAUAAUUCUUGGAAAAGAUCCCACACAAAGGGGUGAUUGGCCGAACAUACAUGCUAUGGUUGAUGUCUUUGAGUCAUUUGAGUUUGUUUUCAAUGCUCACUUGAUGCUGGUCAUUCUUGGAUAUACAAAUGAGUUGUGUCAGUCUUUACAAAAGAGAGAUCAAGAUAUUGUUAAUGCAAUGUCACUUGUGAGUUUGGCAAAGGAAAGAAUGCAACAUAUGGGAUCUCAUGGGUGGGAAGAGUUCUUUAAAGGAAAGGUUACAUCAUUUUGUGUAAAAUAUAGCAUCAUCAUUCCUUCAUUGGAUGGUAAUUAUGUGCCUCAUGGAAGAUCCUCACGGUUUUACCCCGAACAAACAAUUGAUGAUCAUUAUAGAAGAGAGGUAUAUCUUGAUGUCAUUGAUAAAAUUCGGCAAGAGCUUGACAAUCGGUUUGAUGAGGUUAAUAUGGAGUUACUUCUUUGCAUGUCGGCUUUGAAUCCGUUCAAUUCAUUUGCUUCUUAUGAUGCACACAAGAUACUUAGACUUGCCAAGUUUUAUCCCAAGGACAUAUCAAGUAUGGAUUUGAUAAGACUUGAAAUUCAACUUGAUAACUUUAUUCAUGAUAUGAGAAGAGAUGAUAGAUUCAAAUGUCUAAACAAUCUUGGGGAGCUCUCUAUUAGGCUUGUUGAAACAAAUAAACAUACUCUUUAUGAUUUGGUGUACUUGCUUCUUAAAUUGGUAUUGAUCCUACCGGUGGCGACGGCAAGUGUUGAAAGAGUAUUUUCUGCAUUGAGUCUAGUGAAGAAUAAAUUGAGAAAUAGUAUGGGUGAUGAGUUAUUGAACGAUUGUUUAGUCACAUUUAUUGAGCGUGAUGUUUUUUGCAAGAUAAGUGAGGAUGAUAUAAUCGAGAGUUUUAUGGUCAUGAGAAAGCGUAGAGUAGAGUUCUAGAGUAUGUAUUGU